CCCGCGGGAGCCGGCGGAGCGGAGCGGAGCGGGCUGCGGGCGGACGGGCAGCGCGGCUCUCCCGGCGCCCCGCGGACUGCCACAGAACACUGUGAAAUUAUCAUCAGUGGUAAAUACGGGUUCAGAAAAACGUGAUGACUUCAGGGAUUCUAUUGAGACGUUUUUAAAUGGUUUUGAGUGAUGUAAUCAGGUUAAAUACAAGGAGUGAUUUUGCAAAGUGGACAGUAAUGGAGUAUAUGAGCACGGAUAGUGAUAGCAAAGAGGAGAUUGACUUGUUGCUAGCUGAUCUAAAUAUGUCUGAGGUGAUAGCCAUAAUGGAAAACCAUUAUCCAGGUGAAGACAUGGCAGUCUAUGAAGACAGCUUAAUUACCAUGUGUGAAGAGGCAAAUCAAAAUGAUGAAGGUGCAGAAUCAUUACUGUUUUGUGAAGGGGAGGUCUCUUUGAUGUCCUCCGUCAAAUACGGGACUGUGGAAGACCUGCUUGCUUUUGCAAAUCAGGUGUCUAACACUGCAAAACAAUUUAAAGGAUGCAGACAACAGGAAUCUGGAAUACUCUUGAAUAUGAUCACACCCAAGAACGGGCGCUAUCAAAUUGACUCAGAUGUGCUCCUGUUUCCAUGGAAGUUGACUUACAGGAAUAUUGGUUCUGAUUUUAUUCCUCGGGGAGCUUUUGGGAAAGUGUACUUAGCCCAAGAUAGAGAAACCAAGAAACGAAUGGCAUGCAAAUUGGUCCCAGUGGAACAGUUCAAACCAUCAGAUGUUGAAAUACAGGCAUGUUUCCGUCAUGAAAACAUUGCUGAAUUAUAUGGCGCUAUUUUGUGGGAUGAGACAAUCCAUCUCUUCAUGGAAGCUGGAGAGGGAGGAUCUGUCAUGGAAAAGCUGGAGAGCUGUGGUCCUAUGAGAGAGUUUGAAAUAAUUUGGGUGACAAAGCAUAUUCUGAAAGGACUUGACUUUCUUCACUCAAAGAGGAUUAUCCACCAUGAUAUCAAACCAAGCAACAUUGUCUUUAUGUCAACUAAGGCUGUUUUGGUGGAUUUUGGCCUAAGUGUUCAAAUGACUGAAGACAUUUACUAUCCCAAAGAUCUUAGAGGAACAGAGAUUUACAUGAGCCCUGAAGUUAUCCUUUGCAGAGGCCACACAACAAAAGCAGACAUCUACAGCAUGGGAGCUACUAUCAUUCACAUGCAAACGGGCAUCCCGCCCUGGGUGAACAGAUACCCUCGUUCUGCAUAUCCCUCCUACCUCUAUAUUAUACACAAGCAAGCUCCCCCCUUAGAGGAUAUUGCUGAGGACUGCAGCACUUCCAUGAGAGAAUUGCUAGAAGCAGCUCUGGACAGGAAUCCUAAUCACAGGCUGUCUGCAGCAGACUUACUGAAACACGAGGCUCUACACCCACCCCCAGAAGAGCAGCCGCGGUGCCAGAGUCUGGACUCGGCGCUGUUUGAAAGGAAAAGGCUGCUCACGAGGAAGGAUCUGCAGCUGCCAGAAAAUAUCACAGAUUCCUCAUUGUGUAAUGGGAGCAUGGAAGAGUCAGACCUGCUGAAGAGACAAAGAUCACUCUACAUAGACCUUGGAGCUCUAGCUGGUUACUUCAAUAUUGUUAGGGGACCACCAGCCUUAGAAUAUGACUGACUCAGUAACAUUUUAUGUUAAUGAGUCAGAAAUGGACCUCUACCUCUUAAAACUUGAUUUUAAGACUUGGUUUUCUAAUUUGUACAUAAAACUAUUGCCAUUAUAGGCUGUCAAAUGUGAAUAGUGUUUAAUUGCACAGAUGAUUAAGCUAAACCCUUAGGGGCUCUGAUAAGCUGAUCCCAAGCAGUGAUGUUUGUGUGUCUGCUGGUUGACCAACAAGAGGAUGGCAAAAAGAACACUGCUGCUGGGAAUGUCUUAAUCCAGGAUAUCUUCCUGUGCUGGGCCUUGCACUUUUGUAAAACUUAUAAUAUAUGCUUGCAAAUAAUAUCAGGAAAAAAUAUAAUAUAAUAUAAUUUAGCAUGUGGGCUGUAAGAUUCAGUCUCUCUGAGUGUUACUUAGAAAAAACCUUCCUGCCACUCCCCACCCCCCAAAAAAGGGAAAAAAGAAGUCCUUGAUUUAACCAGUUAAAGACUGGUUCAGUCUUGCUCUGUCUUUAAGACUUGGUCAUUCUUGGUCUUUAAGACUUGGUCAUCCUCUAGCCAUUCUUAAUGAAAAUUAAGAAUGUCUGUGGAGUCAGAUUAUCAUUUGUUUGCAGAUGUGUCUUAACUUUGCAUCUUCCCUGGGCAGUGGGAGCUAAGAAGGAGGCUGUCCCCUUCUCUGUGGGUCAAGGGAAUCUUUCUCUGGCAGUAUCAGUUAGCUCUGGGAUUUGCACAGCAAAUUGGCCCUGACAAAGUAUGACAGUGACUUCAACUCCUUCCUAUGUUACAACUACUGCAAAGGUAUCUAUGAUAGUUUUCAAGGGUAGAUCAAAUGUUAUUCCCUAUUGGUAACAGUAGGCAGGCUCCAAAUUCUUGCUUUUUAAUACUUUAAAAUUGUACAUGUGUAUAAUUGCUGUGAGUGCUACGGCUUGGAAAGUGUGUCAUUAGUGACAAGCAGUGUUUAUGUUCCUAUGGAAAUGGAAUUAUAUUGUUCUUGCUGUGCCUCAUACAUUUGAAACAUGAUGUUUUGGAUGAUAGUAAAACUAUGUAAACUGCAUAGUUCUGUACAUCCCAUGGGAUGAGAACGUAAACUUUUAUAAAACUCUUUCUGAUGCUUAGGAUGACUCUUUAUAAGUGUUUGUGUUAAAUGGCAUACUGUGUAUGUUGUACACUGAAUCUUUUCUGAAGCACAGUCUCUUUUUCAUGUUUGUUGUUUAAUGCUGCUCCUCUCUAACACAUGAGCUUAAACAGAUGAUUUCUACUAUGAAACUGAUAUGGUCAAAUGAAUAAAUCCAGCUCAGUGCCUUGA